GUCGGUAAAAGACCAAUCACGCGCUAACGCUUACUCAACACACCAGCGAAAAUAAAAGCUCGGUCACUCCCAACGUGUGGCGUGGUUGGGUGCUGCCGUCAGUAGUGAACACCCAAUACUAAGCUAGCUUCAUUAGCUCCAUCUCCCUCCCACUCAACUUAGUUUCCUGCUUCCACACACUGAUCGGCGCAAGCGCAGCUCGGCCGCAGCUAGCUUCUGGUCGUUCCCGCGCACUGUGCCGGCGCCGGAGACAAUGAUGGAGGCCGGCGACGACGAUCCUGCCUUCGUGGCGCAGGGCUCCAUCACGGGAAUCAGGCUCACCGUCGCCUCCAACGAGGAGAUCGUGAAGGCGCAGCCGAUGAACGAGGAGUUCCCGCUGAAGCACCCGAACCAGCUCUCCGGGAACCCGGCGCUGGGCCUCCCGCUGCAGUUCGGCCGAUGCGACUCCUGCGGCGCUGCCGACCUCGCCAAAUGCGAAGGUCAUUUCGGGUACAUCAAGCUGCCGGUGUCCAUCUACCACCCGAGCCAUGUCGACGAGCUGACCAAGAUACUCAACAUGAUAUGCUUCAGCUGCCUCCAGUUCAAGAACUGCAAGAAGCAGGAAAGCGUGGGAAAGAAGAGCAACUUCAGUGCAUGUCCACACUGUCAGGAUCUCCCACCGCUAAAUGUUGCAGAAGUCAAGAAAACCAAUGGAGCCAUAAGCUUGGAACUGAGAGUGCCAGCCAGGGAAGAACUGGAAGAGGGAUUUUGGAGCUUCCUUGAUGAAUACGGCUUUCACACGAAGGGCAGCUCUCGCCGCCGCCGUUUAUUCCCAGAAGAGGUUCAGAAAAUAAUGACAAAGAUCCCUAGAGAAACAAAAAGGCAACUUGCUGUUAGGGGAUAUAUUCCCCAGGAUGGAUUUGUGAUGAGCAACCUCUCUGUUCCACCAAACUGCCUUCGCACUUUCAAUGUUCUAGAUGAAGCACUAUUGUGCUCUCCUGAUGCCUCCACAAGCUUGUUAAGGAAAGUCCUACGCAUGGUACACGAAAUAAACAGCUCAAGGGUUGGCCCUCCAACCUCUCAAGAACAUGAAGUGGAAGCAGAAGAUCUUCAGGCAGCCAUCGCUGACUACAUCAAGCUUUCAGGAACAGCACAGGGUCCUCGAGAUGUGACCUUUGGAAAUCAGCCUGCAGCAAAACAAUGGCAGCAGAAGAUGAAGUCACUCUUCAUCAGCAAGAGCUCAAGCUUCUCAUGCCGUGCUGUGAUCACUGGCGACCCGUACAUUCCAGUCAAUGUAGUAGGACUGCCUGAUAAAGUAGCAAGAAGGAUGUCAGUGCAAGAGCGCGUGACAGACCAUAACAUUGCUAAGCUUCAAGGCAUGAUGGAUAAAGGCCUCUGCCUGACAUAUGAAGAUGCUAAUUCCAACACGUACUCCUUGGAUGUCGGGAAAGCGAACAAGAAACGAAUUAUACUGAAGGUUGGUGAAACUAUCGACCGAAGAAUUCUAGAUGGAGAUAUCGUAUUUCUCAACAGGCCACCAAGCACCGACAAGCACGCGGUCCAAGCUUUGUAUGUCCAUGUACAUACUGAUCAUACCAUCAAGAUCAACCCCCUGAUAUGUGGCCCACUUGGAGCAGAUUUUGACGGCGAUUGCGUCCACAUCUUCUUCCCAAGGUCAGUGAUAGCAAGGGCUGAAGCUACAGAGCUUUUUAUUGUGGAGAAUCAGCUGGUGAGCUCGCACAAUGGAAAGCUGAAUUUUCAGCUCAAGAAUGAUUGUUUGUUAGCAAUAAAGAAAAUGUCUGGUAGAAUCUAUUCCAGAAGGGAAGCCCACAACUUUAUAAACGCGAUGUUGGCAGGAGGGAUGACUCCCAAUAAGCGACUAUCAGGCGGACCAAAGUGGAGUUUCAAUCAGAUUCUGGAGACCUUACUACCAGAGGAAGACAAAUUGUUAGUCAGAGAUUUGGUUGCUGGUACUGUUACUCUGUCAUCAAUUCUGUCUAUGAAGAAUCUAAAGGAGGCAAUCGAGUUUCUGAAUCUUCUGCAGCCCCUCCUAAUGGAAUCGAUACAUACAGAUGGUUUCAGCAUAAGCCUGAGAGACUUUGAUGUCACAAAUCCAAUACCAAAGACAAUUCAGAAUAGCUCAAUUGAUAUUGACAAGUUCCGAGAACCAAUCGUGGACUUCAUCACUCAUUCUUCUGGCCUUUCUUGGUUGGUUGAUCCAAAGAGUGAUUCUGCCGUGAACAAAGUAGUGGAGCAGAUUGGCUUCUUGGGCCACCAGCUGCAGCGCAGCGGAAGACUAUACUCUACCAGCUUAAUGGAGGAUUGCUUAUCCAAAUAUGAGAGCAAGUGUGGCAGCAGUACCAAUGGUUUUAUCAGGAGCUCAUUUUACAAUGGACUGAACCCAUAUGAGGAACUACUCCAUUCAAUAUCUGCAAGGGAGAAGAUAAUACGCGCAUCAAAAGGACUUGUGGAGCCAGGGAAUCUUUUCAAGAAUAUGAUGGCAAUGCUCCGAGAUGUCGUAGCAUGCUACGAUGGAACCAUACGAAAUUUGUGUGGGAACUCGGUUGUUGAGUUUGACGCGGAAAAUUUGUCAAGUACUGUGACACCAGGAGAUUCUGUUGGUAUCUUGGCAGCCACUGCAGUUGCAAAUGCUGCAUACAAGGCAGUUCUAGACCCAAAUCAGAACAACAUGACCUCAUGGGAAUCGAUGAAGGAAAUACUACUUACCAGGGCUAGCUCUAGAACUCAUGAAAAUGACCGAAAGAUGAUUUUGUAUCUGAGCAAAUGCUCUUGCGGGGAGAGCUUUUGCAUGGAAAGAGCAUCACUCGCAGUUCAAGCCUGCUUAAAGAGAAUCAAAGUAGAAGAUUGUGCCACUGAGUUCUCAAUCCAGUAUCAGAAGCAUAUAAUGCAAGCAACACCUUGUCUUGUUGGUCAUAUUCACCUUGAUAAGAAGCAACUGCAUAAGAUGAACAUUACUAUGGAAGAUGUUCUUCUGAAAUGCCAGGAAGCUAUUUAUAAACAGGGAAAGAAAAAGGGGCAGGGGAAUCAAGUUUUAAAGAGAAUUGCACUGAUUUCAAGCGAAUGUCUAUGCUACAAGGAUGGAGAUGCUGAGAAAUCCUUUUGCUUGCAGUUUUUCAUGACUGAAAGUGUCACCACAGAAAUAUCUGAAUCUUCUGAGCGAAUUGUUCAUUUGAUGGUCAAUACCAUUUCUCCUAUACUCUUGGACACAAUUAUAAAAGGUGAUUCGCGAGUCCAGGAGGCCAACAUAAUAUGGGUUGAACCACAAGCUGCAUGUUGGAUCCAGAACCCUGACACGGAACAGAAGGGUGAAUUGGCACUGGAAAUCACAAUGGAUAUAAUCUCAACUGGAGAGAGUGGUGGUGCCUGGGGAACAGCAAUGGAUGCAUGCAUCCCUGUGAUGGAUCUGAUCGACACUACCAGGUCUGUGCCUUACAGCAUCCAACAAGUUCAGCAAGUUUGUGGAAUUUCCUACGCCUUCAGUCGAGUCACACAGCACCUUUCCAAGUCAGUUGGAAUGGUUACAAAAUCAGUUCUCAAAGAGCACCUAACAACUGUGGCAAGCAGCAUGACCUGCACAGGUAAGCUGCACGGCUUCCACAGCUAUGGUUGCAAGGCCACAUUCCAGUCCCUGAGGAUUCAGGCACCCUUCAUGAAGGCUACGAUCUCUAGACCAAUGGAAUGCUUUCAGGAGUGUGCAGAGAAGGUCUACUCUGAUCAGCUGAAUAGUGUUGUGUCCACCAGCUCCUGGGGCAACCGUGCAGCAAUAGGGACUGGUUCAGCCUUCGAAAUCCACUGGAAUGAUCCCAGCCAGAGAGCUGGCAAUGGAAAUCUUGGAGGAUAUGGUUUAUAUGACUUCCUUGCCGCAGUAGAAACAGCAAGAGCCACAGAAGAUAACACAAUUGGUCCCCUCGGUUCCUGCUUGUAUGAUGUUGACAAUCUUCAAGAGGAUGAAGUAUUACUUUUGGGAGGAAAAAGUCCAAUCUCUUGGACGGACAAGCCAAAAGUGGACCUAAUGUUUCCUAAUCUUCAGGGUAGGAGGACUGAACGACAGCAAGAAACAAGGCAAAUUAAGAGUAACUGGAGCCCAGCUGCAAAUUGGCAACAUAAUAAACAUACUGCCACAGGAUUUGCCGGGAAAGUUUAUACAAGAAGGCAGCCUAACAGUAAUUGGAACUCAGGUGCAACACAGCAAGAUGAUAACCCAGGUUGGAACCAAGCAAAUGCCGCAGGACCACAGAACUUUGACAUUACAGGGUCAUCCAGCUAUGGUGGAUGGAACGGGAAGCCUGGUAAUCUUGGUCAAGGUUGUGGUAGGGGUGCAGUGUGGAAAUCAGAGGGAUCGCACCUUGGAGGUAGUAACAGUAGGUGGAAAGCCCAGAGAGCAAACACCACAGGCGCACAGAACUUCCCCAUUUCAGGACCACCUAACUCUGCGGGGUGGAACACGAGGACUAGUAAUUUUGGUGCAGGUGGUGGCAGAGGAGCAGCAUGGAAAUCAAGUGGACCAAGCCGUGGAGGUAGGAAUAGUAGAAACCGUGGAGGUAGGAACAGCAAUACUGGACAGAGAGGGAGUUCCAGUUUUACACCAGAGGAACAGCGGAUACAUGCUCAAGUUGACCCAAUCCAGAAAGAAGUAAAGAGGAUCAUCCGUGACUCAAGGGAUGGCAUUAAGCUUUCUGAAAACGAUGAGAAGUUCAUCGUCGAAAAUAUUCUCAGUUACCAUCCAGAGAAGGAAAAGAAGGUGGCAGGACACGACAACUACAUUACGGUUGAUAAGCAUAAAAAAUACCAUAGCAGCAGGUGCUUGUACGUCAAGUCCUCAGACGGCUCCUCUCAAGAUUUCUCCUACAAGAAGUGCCUAGAGAACUGGAUCAGGAUUCACUACCCACAUGCUGCAAAUUCAUUCUGCAGAAAGUACUUCCAAGGAUGAACAGUACCAUGUUCAUUUGCCUCGAACCGCGCUUGCCUGUGGUAGUGGAACCUCUAAACCCCUAAACUGACCGCAUACAGGAUUUCUGUGGUCUCAGAUGUCCACAAGCUUGUAUGGUUCCAUAUGAUUCAAAACAUUAUGUAACUGUGAUGCUAUUUCCAAACAUACGGAAACUAAUUCUGGCAUACAUGAUUUCUGUGGUCUCAAUGUCCACAAACUUCUAAAAUUUGGCAUGUUCGAAAAACA